AUGGCUCGCAUGGAGGAGCUGGAGAUUCAUAGCAAGAGCUAUCUCAUCCGCUGGGUAGAUAUUAAACCGGAGCACACAAUAUCCUGGAGCAUUCAACCACACAAGAAGUCGAUCAACUUUGGGAUUUUCAAGCAUCCUGGCCGACAAUCAAGCCUAAUUCCACAUCUGCCGCCCUCGUCCGCGUCGGCACCCCUUUCGCCCAACCCUGACGUCAACUCCCAUUCUAGUGUCGUCGACAGGUUGACGGGUAUAGGGCUGAAGCAGGUCUCGUGGCUGGGUAAGUGCGAAGCGGACAAAAUUACACAAGGGAGUCAUGACGUGACAGACAACGAAGGGGGUACCUACGCUUUGGUCUUUGACAACACGUUCUCGAAACAGAUCUCUAAAACAGCAACCCUGGUCCUUCUUACGUAUGAGACAAAGCAUCCACCUCAGUUUGGCGCGCAAAUACAUCACUCUCAGGUCACUAGCCCAGGUCUUCCACCCAGUCAAGCUCACCGAAAUGGCCUUGGAUUCCGCUCUGCGCAGCAAGAGCUAAACCGGCAACCUUCCCUUCCAACAGCUGACCAGGCGGUGCCUAGUGCAUCCCUACAGCCUCAUACAGGAAGCUCAGUAUCGUCAGUUGAACCUGCUUCGACGGUGCAUACUGGCAUUCUACACAAGCGACGGCGUAAGAAGCACCAAGGCCAUGCGCGAAGGUUCUUCUCUUUAGAUUUUACUUCAUCGACUCUAUCCUAUUACCAUGACAGGAAUUCAUCUGCUCUCAGAGGUGCCAUCCCUCUGUCGUUGGCUGCUAUUGGCGCAAACGCAAAGACGCGUGAAUUGUCGAUUGACUCAGGAGCAGAGAUCUGGCAUCUGAGGGCUAGCAAUCAGGCUGAUUUUGAGAAUUGGAAAAAUGCCUUUCAGAAGGCUUCUCGGCUUGCUGCAGAAGCUAUUUCACCCAGACCAGAUCUCUCUAUAAACACAAAAGUUUUGCCCCAAUAUCCUUCCAGUGUCAAGGAUGAGCAAGACUGGAUAAGGGCAGAGGCGUUGCUCUCACGCAUUGCGGGAACACGAGAUGCUGUUCGAAGGCUGUGCAUGGAAACAGAGAGCACUAUCCACGUCCCCACGCCCUCUGGCCGGGGUUCUAGCCCUUCUAGUCUCGCCGAUGCUAAUGCAGAAGACUACUUUCGGCAGGAUGAGAGACGUCCUUUCUGGAAGCGAAAGCCCGGUGGCACGACGUCCUCACACAUCAGCAGAUGCCAGCGAAGCGCCUCCGCACAGCUGAGUAUACCCGCCCCAUCUGGAGAAUUUUCUCGUUCUAGUGAGAGAUAUACAAGCUCCUACGCGACUCCCGCAGAAAGCCCCACCCAGCCUCGUCACCAUCAUCAGGUAGAGCAGACUAUGAACGAUCACUGCCGAGCGCUGCUACGGGAUCUUGACGCCGCAGUUUCGGAAUUCUCUGCUUUGAUUACAGAGAGCAAACAGCGCCGUGCACCAGGCCCUAACUCUGCUGCAUCCCGGCUGAGCGUGAGGUCUACUGACUCACAAGAAUUUUUUGAUGCUUCAGAGGGCGCGCAAGCUCCCUUUUACGAGAUAGGAGAUGCCAGUGACGACGAACUUAGCCGUAGUAGCGACGAUAGUGUUGGACACGACUCCGAUUGCAGUAGCGAUCUCGACGAGUCCAGAGAUAUCACUGUCACCAAAAGGGGUGUACGCUCGGACAGCAUAACGUCCAUCUUCCCUCAUAAGGCUAAAAAUCUUGCUCCUUUACCAAUGAGCAAGGUUCGAAGACGAUCAAAUGUAGCUCCAGCUACCAUUAUGCCUCCUAGUCUGAUAGGUUUUUUAAGAAAGAAUGUUGGCAAGGACUUUUCUACAAUAUCUAUGCCAGUGUCUGCCAACGAGCCUACGUCGCUGCUUCAACGCGCCUCAGAGCAGCUGGAGUAUUCUUCACUCCUCGACAAAGCUGCCAAAGCAACCGAUCCUGUUUGGAGAUUGAUCUUUGUGACAGCAUUUGCAAUUUCACUACUUUCUAGCGCUAGGGUCAAAGAGCGUGCUAUUCGCAAGCCUUUCAACCCCAUGCUGGGAGAGACUUUCGAAUUGGUUCGCGAAGACAGGGGGUUUCGUUUCAUUGCGGAAAAAGUUUCUCAUCGUCCCGUUCAGCUGGCACUCCAUGCAGAGGCACAAGAUUGGUCUUACGCUCAAUCUCCGCUUCCAUCACAGAAAUUCUGGGGUAAGUCCGCUGAAAUCGUGGCCGAAGGCAAGGCUCGUGUGCUUCUACAUCCCCACGGCGACUGCUUCAGCUGGUCGCCAGCUACAUCUUUUCUGCGGAAUAUUAUCGCAGGGGAGAAAUACGUGGAGCCUGUCGGAUCUAUGCUUGUUGUCAAUGAGACUACAGGUUUGAAAGCAAUUGUUACAUUCAAAGCCAAGGGCAUGUUCUCUGGCCGAAGUGAAGAUGUAUCCUGCGAAGCCUUUGAUACUCAUGGUGAACCUCUGCCGCUUGGUAUGCAGGGCACCUGGGUCCAAAGCCUGUGUCUUACGGAGAAUAGGGCACUCCAAGAUACAACAAUAUGGUCUGCUGGGCCUUUGGUCGACAAUGCUGCAAACCAUUACGGCAUGACUAGCUUUGCUGCUACACUCAAUGAGAUCACUGAGAUCGAGAAGGAUAAGUUACCGCCAACAGACAGUAGACUUCGUCCUGAUCAGAGGGCAUUAGAGCAGGGUGAUCAUGAGAAUGCUGAGCAUUUCAAAGCACGCCUAGAAGAACAACAGCGACUCCGAAGGAGAGAUAUGGAGUCUGCUGGGGAGGACUGGAAGCCACGGUGGUUCAUAAAGACACAACUUGGUGAAGAGACCAUAUGGAAGCUCAGGGCUGGCAGAGAUGGAUACUGGGAGGAGAGGGUGAGGGGCACUUGGACAAAAGUAGUGCCUGUAUUGCAACUGUGA